AUGGAGAACGUGGCUAAAGGAGUUGAAGAAGCUGUUUGGUGCCGGGAGGAGUACAGGGUUCCUGGGAGGUACGCAGCCCUCCACAAUCCUUUGGCAGUGUUCUUCAUUGAGGUCCAGGAGCACUUCGAUGAGCAGGCCAGUAACAUCUCCUGGAUCAACACCUUUGCAGUGGCGGUCUUCCAUCUGACUUCUCCAGUAGCCAGUGCUCUGAGUGUGCUGCUGUUGCACAGGGCUGUGAUCAUGCUGGGGGGCCUGUUUGCCAUGCUGGGAAUGCUGGGAGGCUCCUUCGGGCUCAGUCUGAUUUCACAGAGCAUGGUCAACCAGUACUUCAAUCAGCACCGAGCUAUGGCCAACCCCAUCGUCAGCAGCGGGGAGUGUGUCUUCAGCUUCUUCUUCACUCCAUUCUUCCAGUGGUUCAUGAACAGCAUGGCCUGCAAGGGAGCCAUGGUGGUGAUCGCAGGCCUCCAGCUGAACCUAUGUGUGUGUGGAGCUCUGACGAGGCCAUACAGACCCCUCACGAAGAACAAGCCUUCCUCUGGGGUGAGACGUCAAGACUCAGAGGAGAAACCCCAGUUGAUGGAUUUCUCCUUGCUGAGGCUUCCCAAGUUCCUGUCCAUCAUUGUGUUUGCUCUCUUAUCUGUCGUGGGCUUCUACAUCCCUGCCAUCUACUUGGUUCCCUUUGCCCAGGAUAUCGGGGUGGAGAAACUGAGUGCCGCUUUCCUGGUGUCGCACUGGUCUGUGGCGGAUCUGGCGGGACGCCUGAGCUGCAGCUGGCUUUCCAACCUGGCUCUGGUGAGGAACAUCUGCCUGCUGGCCAUGAUGACCACAAUGCGGGGAACAAGCCUGAUGCUGCUCCCCAUUGCCACCAGCUACCCCUCACUGGCCACGUUCAGCUGCUUUUGCGGAGUGUUCUUUGGGGCGGCGGUGUUGCUCCUCCUCACCAUCCAUGGUGCCCUGGUGGACAUGACGGGGAGCUAUGGCAGUGGGUUCUAUGCUGCUGGCGGUAUGCUCAUCACCUCAGUGGGGUUCCUGCUGCUCAUCGACUUCCUGACGACCAGCUCCGAGGGGCGGCCAGGGCCAGAACUGGAAAGGGGCCCCCAGAUUCCCAGAGAAAGGGGGUCCAAUGGUGCAGUGACUGUGUGA